UCUUUAUUGGAUGGCUCCUGCUAUUGUCUUCCUAGGAUGUGUUCUGUUCCAUAGUGCUCCAUUGAUAUGCCAAGAGUGACUAGUGCUGUUUUGAUUGGAGUUUAUGCAUUGGUCUCAUUUAGCAGUGCUUUUUUUUGUGUAUCUGAGGUCUUUGGUAUCUGCACUUCUUGGAUUAAAAGCUUCAUCAGCCUUCUUCUCUAGUUUCAAUAAGGCUAUCUUCAAUGCUCCUAUGUUAUUCUUUAUGAGUUAAUUAAUCAUUAUUCUAACUCAUAAAAUAUAACCUCCUUACUUGCAGGCUUCAUCAGAUUUGAGUAUUCUGUACCUUGAUAUACCUUAUUCCAUCACUUUUGUAGCUAUUGAAAUUGUGGUGAUAAUUGGUAUAAUGGCUUCAGUCACAUGGCAAGUUCUAAUAGUUGCAAUUCCUGCUACGCUAGCAUCAAAAUACGUUCAGGGAUAUUAUCAAGCCUCUGCAAGAGAAAUAAUAAGGAUCAAUGGAACAACCAAAGCACCAGUGAUGAAUUUUGCAGCUGAGACAUCACUUAGAGUGGUUACUGUUAGAGCAUUCAACAUGGUGGAUAGAUUUGUCAAGAACUACCUAAAACUUGUAGAAACAGAUGCAUCACUAUUCUUUCAUUCUAAUGUGACCAUGGAAUGGUUGAUUAUAAGGAUUGAAACACUUCAAAACUUGACAGUCUUCACUGCAGCCUUGUUACUUAUUCUAGUUCCUAUGGAUUAUGUGUCCCCAGGUAAUGCUAAUAUUACAUAAUAAAUAAAACAGUUGUCAUGGUUUAUCAAUUCGACAUUGAUUUCAGAUUAGAUAUCGUCGGAAUGCACCAAUAGUCCUGAAAGGAAUCACUUGCACAUUCAAAGAAGGGAGUAGAGUGGGAGUUGUAGGAAGGACAGGAAGUGGAAAAACAACACUUAUAAGUGCUUUGUUCCGAUUGGUUGAGCCUUCAAGAGGUAACAUUAUUAUUGAUGAGAUUGACAUAUGCUCAUUGGAGUUGAAGGAUUUGAGAAUGAAGCUUAGUAUUAUCCCUCAAGAAGCAACUCUUUUCAAGGGUAGCAUUACAACAAACUUGGACCCUUUAGGCCUUUACUCAGAUGAUGAAAUAUGGAAGGUGAACAACUAACUCCAAAAGUUCUAAAAAUUAGAAAAGCAUUUUCUCUAAAAUUUCUUUCAAAAUUACCCUUCUAUUAAGGGCUAAUUGUUUUAAUAAACACAUGAGGCAAAGAAAAAUUACAAUUUGAUUGCUUCAAGGAAUCAAAU